AUGCGCGUAGAAAAUUUGUAUUCUGACAUCCAGUUAACAAAGAUAUCUAAUCUGCACUUGACACAAUUGCUGGAAAAUGGUCUUGGAGUUGAAAUUGAUCAAACCUUAUCGAAUUACCGCAUAGCAAUAUAUUCAAUUUCAACACUAUCUGGUCUAGCGGGUAUAGUAUAUAAAUAUUUACCUGAAAAUUUUCAUUUCUUAUUACUUUCAUCAGUAAUCCUAUAUUUUGCAUCACAGAGUGUAGCGUUUGUACUGGAAAAUAUAGUAUACAGUAAAUCAGCAUUUGUUGUGGCUUACAAACGUCACAAAUUUAACGUAUACACCUAUGUUGAUGUAAUCAGUGGUGAAUUUAUAUACUCUAUUUACCCGUAUAACGGAACAUUUGACCCAAAUCGAGUUGAAAGGGUACCUCUAGGGGCUCUUUUCUAUGAAGAUGGUAAUGUUACCAAGGGCUGGGAUAAGAUUGCCGACAAUAUCGUAAACGCCUGUAAACAUGGAUCUAGUAAAUUUAAGUAA